AUGGACCUUGGGCUCGCUGAACGUGUAGCCAUUGUAGGGGGAGCUGGGCUGGAGAUUGGCAAGCACGUUGCCAUGGCCUUGGCCAGCGAAGGGGCAAGAGUAUCCAUCUGCGCGCGCAACGAAGAGGGCUUGCGCCGCACCGAAAUGGAAGUUGUAAGGGUUGGCACCCAACAUAAUGUCCUGGCCAUGCCGGCGGACCUGUCGGAGCCGAAGGACAUCCGGCGGGUGGUGCGCGACACCUUUAACCGUUUUGGUCAGAUUGAUAUCCUGGUAGUGCGAACCGGCCAACCCAACCGGGGAUCACUGGCCGAUGUCGAUGAUAGCGAAGUGACAGAGGAGAUAGAGAGACAUCUGCUCAGUGCGGUCAGGCUGAGCCGCGAAGUCAUUCCCUACAUGAAGCAGGAACACUGGGGCCGUAUAAUAAAUUUGGAGUUGGCUUCCACCAAAGAUGUUGCCGAAGGUAAUAUCCGCGUCAGGUCACGUUACCCGUCCAUUGUGUUGGUCAACGCCCACUGCUCGGACUCUCAUUACGAACCGGAGCCAGAAGGCAGCAGCACAUUUCGACCGGGUGACUGGGUGCUGAUAGAUUUGUGGGCAAGAGAGGCAACGCCGGACAGCGUUUACGCCGACAUAACCUGGACACCAUAUGUGGGAGAAAGGGCGCCGGAGUUGCAAUAA